AGGGAGUGAGAGGUAGGGAGGAAGAGGUACCAUUAAUGAGGCUGGGAGCUUGCACCCUCUCUUAGCGUGGUACUUGGAAGCGAGUACAAGGUGGAACUGUGUUAUGAAACACAGUUACUUUGAUAUUUGAAUUCAUCUUCCUUCUUGCAAGAGAGGAUUCUAAGAGUUCGGUGUCAAAGUCAAGACAUAGACUCAACUUCUUCUCGUCCAAAAGGAGGAGCUUCACCUGACAAGUAUAAGCGCUGUGGAUUCGAAGUCUGCAUUAUGUGACGCUAAAGAGCUGCUACAGUUUUACAUUUUUAAGCUAAGCUCCUCUUGGUCGCUGCAGCAAAAGUCCUAAAGUAUAACUCCUCACUAGUCUAACAGUUCAUUUAAUACCAAAAAAAACAUUGCUGUCAAGUCGAUUGCAACGCAUGACACCCCCAUAUGCUACAGAGUAGAACUGUUCCAUAGGGUUUUCUUGGCUGUAAUCUCUAUGGAAGCAGAUUGCCAGGGCUUUCUUCUGUGGUACCACGGAGUGAGUUCACACCACCAACCUUUAGCUUCACGUUACAACAUGGAAGCCGUCGCCAAGUUUGAUUUCACAGCCUCCGGUGAGGAUGAACUGAGCUUUCACACUGGAGAUGUUCUGAAGAUCUUAAGUAACCAAGAGGAGUGGUUCAAAGCGGAGCUUGGAAGCCAAGAAGGAUACGUGCCCAAGAAUUUUAUAGAUAUCCAAUUUCCUGAAUGGUUUCACGAAGGCCUCUCCCGACACCAGGCAGAGAACCUACUCAUGGGCAAGGAGGUUGGUUUCUUCAUCAUCCGCGCCAGCCAGAGCUCCCCAGGAGACUUCUCCAUCUCCGUCAGGCACGAAGAUGACGUUCAACACUUCAAGGUCAUGCGAGACAGCAAGGGUAAUUACUUCCUGUGGACAGAGAAGUUUCCAUCCCUAAAUAAGCUGGUGGACUACUACAGAACAACGUCCAUCUCCAAGCAGAAGCAGAUCUUCCUAAGGGAUAAAAGCCAAGAGGAUCAGGGUCGCCGGGGCAACAGCCUGGACCGGAGGGCCCAGGGAGGCCCACACCUCAGUGGAGCUGUGGGAGAAGAAAUCCGGCCGUCAAUGAACCGCAAGCUGUCCGAUCACCCGCCUCCCAUGCCCGCCCAGCACCAUCAGUAUCAGCAGCCGCCUCCUCAGUAUCCCGCGGCAGCGCAGCCACCACCCCAGCAGCGGUACCUCCAGCAUCACCAUUUUCAUCAGGAACGCCGUGGAGGCAGCCUCGACAUAAACGACGGACACUGUGGCUUGGGCGUGGGCAGUGAAAUGAAUGCCGCCCUCAUGCACCGGAGACACACAGACCCAGUACAACUCCAAGUGGCAGGGCGCGUGCGGUGGGCCCGGGCACUGUAUGACUUCGAGGCCAUGGAGGAUGACGAACUGGGAUUCCGCAGUGGAGAGGUGCUUGAGGUCCUGGAUAGCUCCAACCCAUCCUGGUGGACCGGCCGUCUGCACAACAAACUGGGCCUCUUCCCUGCCAACUACGUGGCACCCAUGACACGAUGAGGCCUUUCUGGGUCAGAGGCUUUUGAUCUGAAGCUGCCAGCAAAAGGGGGGGCAAGGAAAAAAGCUGGACUGUCUACAUCUGUCUAUGUAUACACACAACAUUUUAUGGUAGUAAUUUAUUGGCAAUUUGAUUGAUUAAUCAGUUGAUAUGAAAGGGACUCAGUGGAGAAUUAUAUCCAUACUUAUGUUUCUAUUCCCCUCGGUGGGUGUGCAGAAGGCAGUGGGGGUUUGGGAAGGACCCACAGGGACAGGGAAAUGGAACAGAAAUCCUCCUUGUCCUUAAGAUCUCACUGCUUCCUCCUUGUGAAUCUUUGCCGAGAGAUCCACACCCCAGCGUUAGACGCAGAACAACAGGGUGGGGUUGGACUUGGUUGGGCAUGUUCUGGCUUACCUGCAAGCCCCAGUCACCUUGACGUUUGCAGACCAGCUCUCCUCCUCUUCUCUGCGGGUGGGCUCAGCAAGGUUGAGAAUGAAGAUGCAACAGACUGUCAAGCAAGUCUGAGCUUGGGAGUGGUGAGGGGUGUGAAGGCAAGGCAGAAGAAGCAGGUGUCCCGAGGCCUGGGGUGGAGGCCCUGCCUGGGCAACACUGCCUCUGGCCUCUGGUUCACUGCCUGGCAGAGACUUUCAUCUUCCUCAACGGAACAUUCCUUGGGUAAUCCUCACAUCUUCCUUAUAGCCGACAUGAAUUUCUCCAACAUGGAGAAACUAAGACAUCUUGAGCAACCAACCUCGGAGAAAUUGAGGGGCUUUUCACAAACCCUCAAGUGACUUGCCUGGACAUAACUCCUGUCUCCCCAGCUCUGAAGAAUGCAAUAUCCUGAUUCUGGAAUGUGCUUAGAGGAACCCUGGCCAAGACUGCUGAAUUUUAGAGCCACCAUUAUAUGGUUACAAGAGUGUCUCGUCAGGACUCUGUUUUCCCUCUUGAUUUUCUGUGUUCUGAAGAAGCCUUGCCCAGUGGUACAGAGAGAAGCCCAUUUCACAAGAACAGUUACUAGCAAUUGAUUUUUUCACAGUUACUCCAGGUGGAAGCUGGCUUUGAGAGGAGUGUCCUGUUUGAUCUGACUGUCAGACCCCUACUGGAACCCCUCCCCAGGAAAGAACCCCACUGUCAUGAUCUCUCUGGCCUCCUUGAACUAGAAUCAUGCUUCCUAGUCUCACCCCAGAAUAUGAAGCACAGACAUGUGCUAGCUGGGGGAGAAGAGACCCAAGAGAAGGAAGCCGAGUAUGCUAGUGGAGACUAGAGCUCACACAUCUGCAUUGAGGGCACUUAGAAGGCACUUAACCAUCAAAACUCAGGUGCUGUCUGCCUUAUAGAAGGAAUGUGUGUGUCUGCGUGUGUGUGUGCGCGCACAUACGCGCACUGAGCCACGGAAGAAAAGGCUGGGUGAGAGUGUUGGUGAGGGAGCAUGGGAGAGCAAGUAGAGGCCCUGUUCCUUUGUUUCUCUUUCCAGCCCUUCCUGCUCUGAGGAGGGACGGGGGCAGCCAUUGUUGAAGGUGCUACGAGAAGAAUAAGAGUUUCUGACUCCGAAGUAACUGUCAGUGGAACAUAAGCUCUGUCCCUUCAACUCUGACUGUAGGAUUCUCUGAUCCCCACGUUCCCUUUCGAGAACAAGGAAAAAAGAAUGGACUCUGUGGUGGGUCUUGGGAGGGAAGAGAAAACAGCCUGGAAGAGGCAGGGGGAGUAGAGGGUGAGUGAUGAGCGGCUAACAGCCUUUGGAAAUGAAAGCAGGGAAAGGAAGAGGCAGCCAAGACAUUUCAAAAGACUAAGGAGCAGCAGGAAAGGCACCGAGAGGGAGGGAGCAAGAGGUUAAGUGGGAUGAGUGAGGAAGACGGGGUAAUGGGUCAGUGGGCAGACAAAGGAUAGGAAGGAGGGACGGGGGAGGGAAGAGGAAGAAUUGGAGUGGAGAGAAUGAACACUGGGAAAGGCAGGGAAGAAAAGAAACCGCCACAAAGAAAGACAAAACCAAGGCAAAGAAGAUCUAAUAAGCUAUUUUGGUGCUAGGUAAUGUGAAAACGGUGCGGUAUAUAAAAGCCAAAAGUAAUCUUUGAUUUUACAGUAUUUACACACGAUAUGCUUUAAACAGCCCACCAAUUUCAUCCAUUUUUCUGAUUACGUGGGAGGGCCGGCCCCAGAGAAGACCGAGGGAAAUGAUUUAGUUCUUGUAUAGAUUGUGUGCCUGGAAACACUUCUCAAGAAAGCAGCAAUAAAACAAGUGCCCUUGUUCUGCCAGGUUGUGUCUGCUGUCUGUGUCACAUCCACUCAGGUGGGGGGUGGGGGUGACACCAGGGGUGGCAGGUGUCAUUGCUGGGGAGAGGCUGUCCACUUGGAGUGUGAGUGGAGCUCUCAGAAACCCUGGAACUGGGCGUUCUGUUCCACCAAGGGCGUCGUGGGGGUAUUUUUAUUCAAGUGCUAAAAGUGCCUUGUUCCUGCUAAUUAGCAUGUCUGCAACUCAGAAGAAAGCAAGAGAGUCACCAAGCCACCCACAGAGAACAAGCACCCUUAGGGACCAAGCUAAGAGAAGGAGCACCAAACUGUCCACACUGGGGAGUUGGGGAGCCUUGACUCUCCUGGGCUCUGGUGCUGCCUGGGGGAGCUCUGAGGGACUUGUCCCCACCCCACCCCCAGGUUUCUACCUGACAGCAUUUUCGUGCCUUUCACCAGCCACACAACCAGCAAACAACAUGUUGUCUCUGAGUUCAGCUGAAAUACUCUGCGUGACUUGAGAGCAGGGAACUUCCAGAGAAAAGCCAGUUCCUGUUGGACCAGUUGGGUUUUCCUAACUGCUUGGCUGCCUCUCAAACAUCAGGUACCUGCCACUGCCCACCCACUUCUAGAUCACCUUGGGGUAAUCUAAGGCAGAGGUGCCUCUUGCAAUAUGAUAUAAAUUACCUGAGAUCAUGCUAAAAUGUGGUUCUGAUUCAGUCCUGCAUUUCUAACUAGCUCUCAGGUGAUAUUGCUGGUCCACAGACCAGACUCUGAGUAGCUAGAGCAAGGAACUUGGCGGUGAGCUAAACACUUCCUACAAAACUUGAAUUGGAUUCCUUCUCUGGGGAUAUUCAGGCAUUUUGCUGUCGUUGUUAAUGAAGAAGCUACCUUGGCUAUGUGACAUCACAUUCAUAUUUGGCAGCCCAGGUGACUUAACUAAGCAUCUUCAUCUCCAUCAGGAAUCGAAUAACCUUAGAGUGAGAGGCAUUCAGGUGAAAUAUACAUGAGAAUUUCCUAAUGGUAAUUAUUUUAAACAUGAGCAGAGGUUACAGAAGACUGAGGGAAAGCUUUCUCAGGAAAUCUUUAAGCGUAACAUUGACGCCCAUCCUGUGUGGCUUUGGUUGGAGGCAGGGGAAUGGCCCACAUGACAUCAUGAGAUUUCAGCUAACCCAAAGAAGUCAUAAAGCGCUAAGCAAAACAGCCUAUGUCAGAGACAGAUUGACACGGUCAAAAUGUUCUCCCUGUUUUGCCUUGUCUAAAGUUAAUACUCCAGCCUGUCUACACCACCGGGUGUGAGAACAGCAUCUAUUGUCUCAUUUCUUCUUUUAAAAUACUUCUCAAGUUCCCCUACUUCUCUUCAUCACUAUGGCCACGUCACCACGUCUCUCACUUGGCCAACUUACUCGCCUCCACACUUUUCUUCCUGCUCAUUCCCUCUUUUUAAUUAUUUUUUAAAAUUUCAUGGUGGGAAAGGGUUUAUAACCACAUCAAACAUUUUAACCACUUUUUUUUUAAAUUAACUUUUAUUAAGCUUCAAGUGAACGUUUACAAAUCCAAUCAGUCUGUCACAUAUAAGUUUACAUACAUCUUACUCCCUACUCCCACUUGCUCUCCCCCUGUUGAGUCAGCCCUUUCAGUCUCUCCUUUCGUGACAAUUUUGCCAGCUUCCCUCUCUCUCUAUCCUCCCAUCCCCCCUCCAGACAAGAGUUGCCAACACACUCUCCAGUGUCCACCUGAUUUAAUUAGCUCACUCUUCAUCAGCAUCU